GAAACGCAAUCCUAGCCCCUUGUCACAAACAGCAGUUAUUUUAAAACUUCAAACUCCGCCACCUCGAGACGGUCAUGGCAGUAGUAACGACGCUAAGAUCGACCAAAUCCAACUGAAGGAUCUCUUCUUUAAUUUAGGAAUAAAACUAAAACGAUCACCCGCCUCCUCGCGCUGAGUCUCAUCCAGGUUCAGUUGUUCUCCUCCUGGUGGCGCAUAUCCAAUGUCUAUACCGGUAGUUCUCCCCGGAUCAUGUUACCCUGUAACUAGGGUUUCUUUGGGUUCUCAGUUGGCAGACUCGUCGUUCAGGAGCCGGCCGCCCCGCUGUCUAUCUAGCUCUCGCAUGCCUGGUUCUCAGUCGCAGCUGUUACCAGCGCUUCUCCCCCGCGGCCCACUGCUCUCCCUCGGAUUACUGCAGCUGGUUCUCGGCUGCUCCAUGGUCGCGCUCUCCUUCUCAGCUCUCUCCCUCAGCAGCUCGACACCCAUCCGAAACUCAUGCCCUUUCUGGGUCGGAUCUUCAGUGAUCCUGUCAGGGAUCGUUGGCCUCACAACAUGGAGGAGACCCAUGCUGCUGCUGGUGAAUAUGUUUGUGCUGUCGUCAGUGGUGUGUGUUCUUCUCAACCUGGCCGGCUUCAUCCUCUGCUGUCAAGGAGCUCAGAUGGUCUCCACCAUAACCAACUGUCAACUGAGUGAGGUGGGAGAUGUGUGUAACUGCUGUUCUCAAACCCCCACUGCCAAGUGUCCUGAGGACAAACUACUCAAACUCUACCCUGGACACUCCUGUAGUACCAUGAGGGUCCUGCUCAAGAAGGUUCUGUUUGCGCUAUGUGCUCUGAAUGCUCUGACCACUGCAGUGUGUCUGGUGGCUGCUGCCCUCCGAUACCUACAGGUCUUCACCACCAGAAGAACAUGUAUGGAUGAUCCCAGGCCAAUUGCAGAGGAGGUGGAGGAGCCAACUAUUAUCCCUGACCCGGAUGAGUUUGUCCCCCCUGCCCCUCCCCCCUCCUAUUUUUCAACCUUCUACUCCUACACACCACGGCUGGCUCGCAGGAUGUUUGGGGACAGUGUGACACCACUACCUCAUAUCUAUGGUGCCAGGAUUAAAGGAGUAGAGGUGUUCAGUCCUUUAGACCCACCCCCUCCCUACGCUGUUACUGGAGGCUCCGCCCUGGCCACCGCAACACAGGAGACAGAGAUUCAGAUUCCCGUGACGGAUCUGACAGAGUUGACAGAAGAGUUGAAUAACAGCUCAGAGGCGGGUACUUCAAUUAGAGACGUUGCUCCCCAGACGACGGUUAUGGCGGUGCCCACGUCUCCCCGUCUUACCCCUCUCCCCCAUCACCCCCUGCUCCAGGCCAAACCCCCCCAGGGUGCCCCGGUGCCCCCCGUCAGGAGGUCUCAGCGCCAGAGAAUCAUGCGCUCCUACAGUGACCCUGUACUAUUGGACCUGGCUGCCAAAGUAUUAAGUUGUGAGGCGGCCACGCAGACCACCCAGACUUCCCAGUCCGCACUGGCCGCCCAGUCCUCUCGGACCCAGACAGUGACCCUCCGGCAGGGAGGUAGAGGCCCUCGGCGGCCCCGGCCCUCCUCCAUGGUGGACUACCAGAGCUACAGACACACCCAGCAGCUGGUCAGUAGGUUCCUGGAGCAGCCGGUCCACUGCAGCCUGACCCCCGAGGUCCAGGAACUGGUGGACAGCAUCCGCAGCGUGCUGCGCUCUGACCAGAAACAAAUGGAGGAGGCCGUACGCUGUGCCAGCUACAUAGAACAGGUGAUCACAGUAUCAGAGAGAGCAGCUAUCCUCCAGCCCCUCUCCCUCCCCAGGCCCCGCUCCAGACCCAUUGCCCCUCUGUUGAACUGUUCCUCCCAGACCCUGCCCCAGCCCCUCCGGAAGAGACCCUGGCUGCUGCACCUCGGGAGCUGUGGGGACCUCAGCACCUUCACCUGGGCGGAAAAGCAGCCGCUAGAGGACAGGCAGGGUGGUGGCUCUGGCUCCAGGUCCUGGUCUAGAGCUGGGUCUAGAGCGGGUUCUAGGGUGGGUUCUAGGUCAAUGUCACGGGCAGGGUCACACCUGGAUCAUCGUGAGCGCCCCCACAGUCUCAUAGGGGUGUUCAGGGAAACUGUGCUCUGAUGGAACUCUGUUAUCCCAUCUCAAAACCUCCCUAGCGAAGAAAUAAUCGUAUGCUCCACUGGGGGAAAACAGCCCAUUGUGAAGUGCUCCUACUAGUGGUGAGGUUUGGGACUGCCACUGCUAAAGCUAGUGGAGAAAAGUCCCACAGACUGCAAGGAUUAGCCUUUGGGAAGGCUGCAUGGGAGUGUGUGGUUGUGUAUGAGAGUGUCUGUAUGUGUUUUUUAUUUUUUAUUUGUGCUGUGCUAAUAUUGUUGAAGUGUUCAGUACAGAUGUUUGCAUCGUGAGAGAAUAUUUCCCAUGAACUAUUCUUUGCUAUACAACCUGUUCUAAAAUGAUUGGCACUGAACAUAUGGCUAGACAGCACCUGCCCCUUUGCCCUCCCACUCGCCAAGUCCCAUUUUGGGUGGCGGUAUACUUGUUUUUUUGAAUACCAUUUUUGACGUUGUUGUUCUGAACCCACUGCCCGCAGGUCAUCGUUAAGUUCGCCACCCCUACCCCGUCUGUUGAUUGCGCAUGUUGGUCUGCCUUGUGCGGAGCUUGGGCACGCCCGGGUUGUGCCUGUUUCCCAGUCUGCCCUGCCACUUGAUUUUACAUAAUCAUCAGUACUCGGUCUGGUUGGCUGAUACGUGCAGCAGCAACACAGGUAGUCUGUACCUAACCACCAUAUACUAACAUAUCCACACAUGUCACUAGCCAGCCAUAUACUGGAUCAUGAGUUAGACGAUUGUGCAUAUUCUAUUAUGAAGUUAUUUAAUAAUUUAAGAGCAUUUAUUGAUCACAAUCAGUAAAAAAAUAAAUCAAGGUAGCUAACUAGCAGUUUAACGUCAAUCAUCAACAAUGAUCAGCUGUAUCCUCACCCUAUUUUCCCGUAGUAAAUCAUGUAUUUUUCUGAUGAGUGUGUUGUUGCAGAAAUAAAUAGGCUUAUGCAAAAAAAAAAUGUUGAAUGAAUUUUGAGAUUGAAAGUCUUUUUUUUUCUUCACUCUGUGCACGACCCUGCUAGACAGCAAUUUUGCACUGAACAAUAAGAGCUAGAUUCAAUCCAAUCUGCAUCUUUCAAAGGAAAUGUUUCCACAUUUGCGGUAAACGCUAUAUAUGUCUGCUCAAUUGAAAAUUACCUUCAAAUGUCAAUCGCGCGUGAAUUUAGGCCUAACUGGAAGGAUAACUGCAUGUGAGAAUCUAUGGAAGGAAGAGUCUCUCUCUACACUUCACUAUCUACCCAGGAAAAUUCAGUUCUACCCCUUCUGCCUGUAAUGUUCCAAAUCAUGUACAUUUGAAAUGUUCAAAAUGAAUUACACUGGUCAUGCAAUGCGUGUUUAGUCUUGGGAUGCUAAAUUUAGCUUCAAUUCAUUAAAUCAAACUGCAUCCUUUAGACUGGGAUUCAACCCAAUGCGCAUUAUAGAGCAGUGCACAGGACAGCGACAAUGUGCCUUUUAAAGGCAAUGUCCCUAACGUUAGCAGAGAUGCCAUUCAUGGUAAAUGCUGCGGAUGUUUCCAAGCUUAAUUACCUUUAAAAGGCACAUUGUCGGCUGUCCAGUGCAUUGCUCUAUAACACGCCUUGGAUUGAAUCCUGGCCUUUAAAGGCAACGAAAAGUGGUCUGUGUGGUUACAGCCGCUGACCCCGGCACACACAUGUAUGCCAGUCGGCAUGGGGUCGAAUCUGGCCCACUGCCCUUUAACUCACGCUUCCCCAUCUUCCACGCUGUAGUACCUCUUCAAUAAAGAAAACAAAAGGACUGCCGCACUCUUUAAAAAAGAAAGUGACAACAGUACUGUCCUUU